UCUUCUUCCUCCACGCCUACCUCGUGUCAUCUUCAUCGAAUAGCGUGCCAAUCAUAUCUAAUCUAUACGUAUAUAUCUAUAUACAUUUGACGUUUGAACGUUAUCAAAAUAUACUACAACUCCAGCUUACCGUAAAAUCCUAAAAACGGAGAAGUAUAAUAUAGAAACGAUUCUUUUUUGUUUUUGAAAAAAUGGAAUCAUCGGCAGAGCGACGCCUGAAAGCUAUUCAAAGCCAUCUUGUUCCGGCCACCGAUGACGUGUCUCGGUCAUUGAUCUGUUCAAACCCAACUGCCGGCGAAUUUUUACUAGGUCAGGGGUUCAGCGUAGUUCUUCCUGAGAAAUUGCAGACAGGAAAAUGGAAUGUAUACAGAUCUGCACGAUCUCCUCUUAAGCUUGUUACUAGAUUUCCCGAUCAUCCUGAAAUUGGGACACUGCACGAUAAUUUUGAACAUGCGGUUCAAACCUUUCAGGAUUACAAAUAUUUGGGUUCACGCAUUCGGGUAGAUGGAACUGUUGGAGAUUACAAAUGGAUGACAUAUGGAGAGGCAGGGACUGCUCGGACUGCAAUUGGUUCUGGACUUCACUAUUAUGGAUUACAACCGGGUGCUCGUGUGGGACUUUACUUCAUAAAUAGGCCUGAGUGGAUGAUUGUAGACCAUGCCUGCGCAGCAUAUUCAUAUACUUCAAUCCCUCUAUAUGACACUCUUGGUCCUGACGCUGUUAAAUAUAUUGUUAAUCAUGCUGAUGUACAAGCCAUUUUUUGUGUGCCAACUACCUUGAACACUUUGUUGACCUUUUUAUCAGAGAUUCCAUCUGUACGUUUGAUUGUGGUAGUGGGUGGGAUAGAUGAACAUCUCCCAUCUCUUCCAUCUACAACGGGAAUGAAGCUCUUAUCAUAUACAAGGCUUCUGAGUCAGGGCCGCAGCAGUAUGCAACCCUUUUGCCCUCCCAGGCCUGAAGAUAUUGCUACCAUAUGCUAUACAAGUGGUACUACGGGGACACCAAAGGGUGUCGUAUUAUCCCAUGCAAACCUGAUAGCAAGUGUUGCAGGCAUGACCCUUGCAAUCAAGUUUUAUCCAUCUGACAUAUACAUAUCCUAUCUUCCCCUGGCGCACAUCUAUGAACGUGCCAACCAAAUUACAUCGGUAUAUUCUGGUGUUGCGGUUGGAUUCUACCAGGGGGACAAUCUGAAAUUGAUGGAUGAUUUGGUGACACUUAGACCUACAAUAUUUAGCAGUGUUCCUCGUCUCUUCAACAGGAUAUAUGCUGGGAUCACAAAUGCCGUACAAACUUCUGGUGUACUGAAGCAGAGACUGUUUAAUGCUGCCUACAACUCCAAGAAGCAAGCUGUGAUGAACGGUAGAAAGCCAUCACCAAUGUGGGAUAGGUUGGUGUUCAACAAAAUAAAGGACAAACUGGGCGGACGAGUUCGUCUUAUGACCUCAGGUGCCUCACCAUUGUCCCCUGACGUGUUGGAGUUCUUGAGAGUAUGUUUUGGCGGUCAAGUAAUGGAAGGGUAUGGCAUGACUGAGACUUCAUGUGUCAUAAGCUCAAUGGACGAGACUGAUAACUUAAUUGGUCAUGUUGGUUCACCGAAUCCAGCAUGUGAGAUAAAGCUUGUGGAUGUCCCCGAAAUGAGUUACACAUCAGAGGAUCAGCCUCAUCCUCGUGGAGAGAUAUGUGUUAGAGGUCCUAUUGUUUUUCAAGGCUAUUACAAAGAUGAAGUGCAGACGAAGGAGGUAGUUGAUGAUGACGGUUGGCUGCAUACUGGUGAUAUUGGAUUAUGGUUACCUGGAGGCCGCUUGAAGAUUAUUGACAGGAAGAAGAAUAUCUUCAAGUUGGCACAGGGUGAAUACAUAGCUCCUGAGAAAAUUGAGAAUGUUUAUGCUAAAUGCAAAUUUAUUGCACAAUGCUUCGUCUAUGGUGAUAGCUUUAAUUCCUCUUUAGUAGCAAUAGUUUGUGUAGAGCCAGAUGUCUUGAAGGAAUGGGCAUCAUCUGAGGGAAUCAAGUAUGAAGAUUUGGGACAACUAUGCAAUGAUCCAAGAGCAAGGGCUGCUGUUCUUGCUGAGAUGGAUGCAGUCGGAAGGGAAGCUCAGUUGAGAGGUUUCGAAUUUGCAAAAGCUGUAACAUUGGUUGUUGAGCCUUUCACAAUCGAAAAUGGCCUUCUCACACCCACGUUCAAGGUCAAGAGGCCUCAGGCGAAGGCUUAUUUCGCCAAAGCAAUAUCUGACAUGUAUAAUGAGCUCUCUACAUCAGAUCCAGUAUCCCAGAAAUCACUAUGACCAAGUGCAGUCGAGAAAGCUUCAGCUGUUCACCCACACACUUUCCCUUCUUCAAAAUAAAUACCAAUCAAAAUGAUUAUUGUAGAAUAGUAAGCUCACAGAGGAUUUUUUAAAUCUUGAGUUUAUAGAUUUCUUGUUGUAGUAUGUACAAUGUUAAGAUAAUUUAAAUUCAACGAUAUCUUUUCUGAGAUAUAAAUAAUUUUAACCUCGACAGCUUAUAUCCGGAUUUUGAUGGCAAAUUUGUUUAUAAAGCAUGUUUGCCCUCUGUG